AUGAAUAUCAGUUCUUAUGAAAUUGAAUUGCCUAUAAAUAAAUUAUCUCCUUAUUAACAACUAUAUCGAGGAAGGCAUAAAAAUGGUUAAGUUUAUCUUUUGCAUAUUUUUCCAAGAUAAUAUUUAACAUAGGAAAUGAUUGAUCAAAUAAAUUUCAGAGAAAAAUAGUUUGACUAUAUAUUUGAAAUAAUAGAAUCUUAAGAAGCCAUAUUAAUUUCUUAUUAAGAUAGUGCUUUUUGGAUAAAUGUAGAAUAAUAGAUAAAAAUUGAAUAAUUAAAAUCCCUUUAUUAACAAUUAUAUCAAAAAUAUUCCAUUUUAGAAGGGAAAUUAGAUUUUGAUCCAGACUUUAUAUUUACAUGUGAUGGUUAGCUAUAUAUUUUAGAUUAUGGUAUAAGUGAUUUUGUAAUAAAAAAACACAAAGAUUUUGAAUACACAACAAAAACAAAAACAUAUCUCUUUGGUUUAUUGUUAUUAAACCUUAAUUGUUAAAAAAAUAUGAGUGAUAAAAUAUAUUAAUGUAAGGAUUAAUAUUUAAUUGAUUAUUAUAUCAAAUAAGAAGCAGAAAAUAAUCGCUUAAAUUAUGAUAUUUUAGAAUCUAUUCUCAAAAUGGUUAAAUUGGAUCCUACUCAAAGACCAACAUUUUAAGAAGUAGGUUAAUGGAGAUAAUUUUAUUCUAAAAAAUAAAUUAAAAAACAUAGUUCUAGUGUAAUAGACUUUACAAAUACUAUUAUUCCUUCUUAAAAUAAUACUAUUAUAAAUUCAUCUUAAAGAACUAUUAAACAAUAAAACUAUUAAUCUUAAUAUGAAACAAUUCAUAAUGAAUCUGUUAGAGCAGCUAUUUAAAGAUAAAAAAGAUAAAUUCCAAUUUCUAAUUACAAAUGCUCAUCCUAUGAUUUUGCAUCUGCUAUUAUGACUAAAAAUAUAUAAAAUAAAAAAUUAUCAGCCUCUAAUAUUAACAAAGAUAGUAUUACAUAAUAAUCAUUUUAUAAAAAUGGAACUUUGUAAAAUAAUAUUCAAUAAAGUACAAUCUCGAACAAUAAAACUCAUAAUUAUUUCUUUUAUUAAAAGUCUGCACUCUCUCAAUAAAAGUCUUAAUAGACAGCUCUUUGUAGAGAAUUUAACAAUACUUAAUAAAUAUAAAAAAUGGAGAGAAAUUUUCCAUUUAUUUCUGAUGGAUCUCCAGUACCUGAAAUAAUUGUUAAUAAACCUGUAACCAAUCAUAUUUCAAAUGCAUAAAAAAUAAUAAAACAUACUAAUAAUGAUAAUUAAUAACACAAUCAAAAAUAUAACUAAUAAUAAAAUAAUUCAAUAUUUCUAAAUGUUCAUAAUUCAAUUUAACCUGAUAAAUUUAAUAAUACUCAAAUACAAAAUACACAAAUUAAUAGAGAUAAUCUUAAGUCUCCUUUUUUAAAUAUGAAUAAUUAAUAAUUAAAAGAAACUAUUAUUUUGAAUAAAGAAGAGUAAACUGAUUAAUUAAAUAAAGAAUAAUAAGUAAUUUAACAAAAUAAAUUAAAAACACCUGCAGCUGUAUAAUAUAAGACAAACGAAGAAGAUUAAAUUGAAGAUUUAGUAUUAUCAGACUAAAUUAAUUCUAACUUAAAUCAAAUCUAGACUCAAUAAUAGAAUUAAUAAAUAUAAAAUAAAAAAUAAGAAUUCAUCAAAAAACCUUUAUAGGAUUAUUAACUAAAAUAACAAAUGUCUAAUUCAGAUUAAUAAGGAAAUAAUGAUUAUUAAUAAGAAAAAGAAUAAAAUUAAGAAAUUUUAAAUUUCUAGGAUCCAAAAAUCUUAAUUCCUUAAUAAUAAUUUGUUAAGAAUCCAGAAGAUCAAACUGAAUAGAACAUAAAUUAUACUGAUUAUAUAAAAAAGUAUUAGUUUAUCUAUUUUAGAUAUUUUCAUUAUUUAUCAAUUAUAGAAUAUAUUAUUCUAACUGUUAAUGACUUGAAUCAAAAAUUAAUAACAUCAGGGAAAUAAUGGAUUAUUCCACUAACCUUAAUUUAUAAAGUAUUUAUAUAUAUAACGAUUAGAGAGCAUAUGUAAUUAGAAGACUUUUUCUUUAAGAUAUAAUAAAAGAAAAGAAUAUAUUUGAUCUUCAUGAUUUCAUUAAAUUUAAAACUUCACAAUAGUAUCAAUAAAUGAUAGUGAAUAUAACAUAAUAAAAUGAUAAAAUAGAGAAGGAAUUUUAAUCAUUGUUAGAGAAGGCUUGUAGUUAUCUUAUUACAAUGGAUGAUGUAUCUUAAUAGAAAUUAGAAUCAUAACUAAAUUUAAAUAUUAAAACAAGUACAAAAUUUUAACCAUAGAAAUAUUUAUAUACUUAAUUAUAUCCUAAGAUUAAAUCCUCUCUAGCAAAAGCUAAAGAGGGAAAUUUUUAAAACAAUUAAUUCUCAGAGAGGGAUUGGAUUUAAUCUAAAUUAUUAUGCUUAUAUACAAUAUUAAUCAUUGAUUUAGAUUUAUAUUAAAUUGAAUCUUAACAUUUUAAAGAAUCAACAUUAAUUAAAUAUAGAGAAAAUAAAAAUAAUGAUCUAGUUUAAAUUCAUUGCAAAGAAUUAGAAAUAAUAAUUAAUUAACUUCCAUAAUUUAAUGCAUGA